UAGAGUCCAAACCCAAGAAAUAAAAACCUCAGUUUCUCCAACGCUCUUCCCGAAAAAAUCAAUCAUAUCUUCAACGUGACCAGAAACAACACACGAAGAAGACGAAACACAAAUAAAAACACAAAAGAAGAAGAAAAUAGAAAGGCACCAACAGCUCUCGUGAUCUUCCCGCCUUUUUCCCCGGAAAAGUCUUAUCGAGCUUUUAAACUUUCCAAAAAAGGGAUUGGAUCGAAGUUUCCGGUUUCGGAUUCGAGAUUCGAUUCGACUUUUCCCCAGAGAGAUCGCCGGAGAUUUGGAUUCGAUUGAGAAAAUUGGAUCGAUUCACGGAUUGAUGGGGCGUCUCCGGCGACGGCAAGAGAGUGUAGCCGAGGAAGAUGAUUUAAACGACGACGUUUCAUCGAGAAGAGGUAAAUUGAGCUUGGCCGAGUCGUUUCGGUGGCUAGAUUCCUCCGAGCAUCAGCAAAUUGAAUCCGAUGGUUCAAAAGGCCAUCGAUUCAUCAUUCAUCCCAAAAACAGGUGGUACAAGGCAUGGGAACUGUUUAUAUUGGUGUGGGCAAUAUACUCCUCUUUGUUCACUCCCAUGGAGUUUGGUUUCUUCCGUGGUCUGCCUGAGAAUCUCUUUAUACUUGACAUCGUUGGUCAGAUCGCAUUUUUGGUCGAUAUUGUUCUUCAAUUUUUCGUCGCUUUCCGUGAUAGCCAGACAUACAAGACUGACUAUAAACCAGCACAUAUUGCUCUCCGGUACUUGAAGUCGCAUUUCUUCUUGGAUUUUGUCAGUUGCUUCCCGUGGGAUCUUAUCUACAAGGCAUCAGGGAAACACGAGCUGGUUAGAUACAUAUUGUGGAUAAGACUGUUUCGUGUGCGCAAAGUGAUCGAGUUUUUCCAAAGGCUUGAGAAAGACACAAGAAUCAACUAUCUCUUCACAAGAAUCUUGAAGCUCGUCUUCGUCGAAGUUUACUGUACUCACACUGCUGCUUGCAUCUUCUAUUACUUGGCCACCACUCUUCCUCCUGAAAACGAGGGUUACACUUGGAUCGGUAGCUUAAAGCUAGGAGACUAUAGCUACGAGAAUUUCCGACAAAUCGAUAUCUGGAAACGUUACAUCACGUCUCUCUACUUCGCCAUUGUCACUAUGGCCACUGUCGGUUAUGGAGACAUACACGCGGUGAAUCAGAGGGAGAUGAUAUUCGUAAUGAUAUAUGUUUCUUUUGAUAUGGUUCUCGGUGCGUACCUGAUCGGUAACAUCACUGCUUUGAUUGUGAAAGGAUCAAACACAGAGAGGUUUAGAGAUAAAAUGAAUGACCUCAUAAGUUUCAUGAACCGAAAGAAACUUGGGAGAGACCUUCGUGGCCAGAUUACGCGUCACGUGAGAUUGCAGUACGACAGUAACUACACAGAUACUGUCAUGCUUCAAGACAUCCCUGCUUCGAUCCGUGCCAAGAUUGCGCAGUUGUUGUAUUUGCCUUAUAUUGAGAAAAUCCCUCUCUUUAAAGGCUGCUCAUCGGAGUUUAUAAAUCAGAUAGUUAUAAGGCUCCAUGAAGAGUAUUUUCUUCCAGGAGAAGUAAUCACAGAGCAAGGAAACGUCGUGGAUCAUUUAUAUUUCGUCUGUGAAGGUUUACUUGAGGCUCUUGUUACAAGAACAGAUGGAUCAGAAGAGAGUGUGACGUUUCUUGGGCCUCACACUUCUUUUGGAGAUAUCUCCAUCAUUUGCAACAUCUCUCAGCCUUUCACAGUUAGGGUUUGUGAACUAUGUCAUCUUUUACGCCUCGAUAAAGACUCUUUCUCGAACAUACUCGAGAUUUAUUUCCAAGACGGACGCAAAAUCUUGAACAAUCUUAUGGAGGGGAAGGAAUCAAAUGAGAGGAUAAAGAAGCUAGAGUCAGACAUUAUGAUUCACAUUGGGAAACAAGAAGCAGAACUUGCAUUGAAAGUAAACAGUGCAGCUUUCCAGGGAGAUAUUUACCAGCUUAAAAACUUAAUCCAAGCAGGAGCCGAUCCUAACAAAACUGAUUACGAUGGAAGAUCACCACUUCAUCUUGCAGCAUCUAGGGGAUAUGAAGACAUCACAUCGUAUCUUAUUCAAGAAGGUGUUCAUAUCAAUCUAAAAGAUAAAUUUGGUAACACGCCAUUGUUAGAGGCUGUGAAAACUGGACAAGACAGAGUGAUUAGUGUUCUUGUCAAAGAAGGAGCCUCCUUUGACCUAGAAGAUUCAGGAAACUUCCUAUGCACGGCAGUUGUGAAAAGCGACUCUGAUUUUGUUAAGAGAUUGCUCUCAAGCGGUAUGGACCCUAACACUAAAGAUUAUGACCAUAGAACCCCACUUCAUGUCGCUGCCUCUGAAGGAUUAUACUUGAUGGCUAAGAUGCUAGUUGAAGCUGGAGCUAGCGUUGUCGCUAAAGACCGGUGGGGAAAUUCUCCGCUUGACGAAGCCAGAAUGUGUGGAAACAAGAAACUGAUUAAGUUAAUCGAAGAUGCAAAAACCGCACAGUUGUCUAUCUACCCAUCAAGCUCUCAUGAACUACAAGAGGAGAGGAUCAAGAGACGAAAAUGCACGGUGUUCCCAUUCCACCCACGCGAGGCGGAAGACGAGCGUAGAAAGCAUGGAGUUGUGCUUUGGAUCCCAAGCGAUCUUCAGAAACUCGUGGUAAACGCUGCGCAAGAGCUUGAGCUAUCGGAUGAAGCAUCCUUUGUAAUAUUAUCAGAAGACGAAGGUCGUAUCACAGACAUAGAUAUGAUCAGUGAUGGACAGAAACUGUAUUUGACCAGUGAUACUACUGAUCAAACAUAGUGAUUGAACCAACUCCAUAUCAUUUGAUUCUUUCGAUCAUUUCCUACACAUGAGUCAUUUGAGUUUAUAUUGUUCUUAUAGAGCUUUUUGACGCAACACAAUGGAUAUAUACAUUGUAGAUUAUACUGAUUCUAUCUAUUACAAA